AUGGACGAAGAAAGCGUGUGGCAAACCGAGCAAUUCCCGCUGACUUUUUACAAGGAAGGUGAGACUAAGACAUGCGUGUUUUGGGAUAUGAACGAUUACCCGAUCCCACGUGGUGCCGAUCCUGCUUCGAUUUAUAAGAGUAUCAAAGAUGCUAUUUCGAAGCAGGGCUGUGAUGGGGAUCUGUUCAUUCAGGCUUAUGUUGAUGUUCACAAGAGUAGAUUCCCGGAACGUGAAUAUUCGGAUGCUGGAUUCCAAGUGGAAGUCUUCCCCCGAGAUGAAGGGGGUAACCAUGCGAGAUAUUGUUCCAUGUUUGCUGACAUGAGGUUGUGGUCAUUCGCUAAUCUUACUACACCGUCUAAUGUCAUUCUACUCGCAAAAAUAACGGAUGACGACAUGGCGUUUCGUUUAAGAUUUAUGUGUAAAAAAAUUUAUGGUUAUUUCUGCUGCACAGAUCGGAAGUUACCUGCUCGAAGCGAUUCCUCGUUUUUGACUAGCUUGUUCGAUCUAUAG